AUGCCUACCAACCUCGAAAACUCCAACGCCUUUCAAGAAGCCUUGAAAUCGCAAAACUUAGUUGUCAUCAACUGCCAUGCCGUGUGGGACGGCCCCUCUAGCUCAUCGCCCCAAAUUUCGGAUGUUGCUGCAGAACUCGGCGUCCGUGCUAUGCCAUCCUUCUACUUUUUUAGAAAUGGCGAAAAGGUUGGCGAGGUUAUCGGGGCCAACCCUGCAGCCGUCAAGGCUGCUAUUGACAAGUAUCGGGCAUGA